AUGGGCAAGAAGAAGCAGGUGCGCAAGUUCGGCGAGGUGAAGCGGAUGCUCAAUCCCAAGGACGAUCGACUCAAAGCCAAUGCCAAGGUCACCGAUGCGGCCAAGAAGGCUUCGCUCUCGGGGGGACCCAAGACGCUGACACCCGAUGGAGUGGCGGUGCGACACAUUUCCACACCCGCAUCAUCCAUGUUCUUCGAGCACAACACCUCCCUCGGACCCCCCUAUCGCGUACUCGUCGAUACCAACUUUAUCAACUUUGCGCUGCAGAACAAGAUCGAGCUGGUGCAAGGGAUGAUGGAUUGCCUCUACGCCAAGAGCAUUCCGUGUAUCACGACAUGCGUCAUUAGCGAGCUGGAGAAGCUAGGACCGAAGUAUCGGAUCGCUUUGCGGGUCGCCAGGGAUCCCCGCUUCGAGCGGCUCGAGUGCAGUCACAAGGGCACCUACGCAGACGACUGCAUCGUCGAAAGGGUCACCAGUCACAAGUGCUACAUCGUCGCAACGUGCGAUCGCGAGUUGAGAAGGAGAGUGAGAAAGGUACCCGGUAUUCCACUGAUGUACAUCGCAAGUCGGCAGUUUAGGAUCGAACGCCUCCCGGAUCAAGGUAUGGCCCAGUAG